ACACUUGUGCAACGAGAAUUGCUUCUGGCUGUGACUAACAGCUGCAAUCCCUUCGGUGUGUGCGCCACCACGCUUGUGGUGACUGGAUCCUAGCUGCACAACCUCCCGUCACUCUUGUAUCAUAUUUCAACUUUGGAGGACCUACUUUGAAUCGGAGUCAACUUUCUAGUAGUCUUCGACGCUCACCAUACCAACUGUCUGCUCAUUUCUCCAGGGGAGCUUCGUCACGAUGGUCGUCGUCAAUGGAAUCGAUCUCGAUGAGUACUACAUCAUCAAGGUGCCCUACAAUGGCACAGGCGAGGCAGGUGGGGAUCCCGUAACUGAUAACCUAAACAUCUGGUAUGAAACGGGUGAUAUUGCCUGGAUGAUCACGGCUACUGCUCUUGUCUUGCUUAUGAUCCCAGGUGUCGGGUUCUUCUACUCUGGUCUAGCGCGAAGAAAGUCGGCACUGUCGCUUAUAUGGCUGUCAAUCAUGGCCGCGGCCGUAACAUCAUUUCAAUGGUUUUUCUGGGGAUACUCUUUGACCUUUUCACACACUGCUGGCAGUUUUAUAGGAGAUAUGGCCAACUUCGGUUUCAAGGAUGUUCUGGCUCAGCCUUCAGUAGGGUCCUCUCGCAUCCCCGAUUUGCUAUUUGCAGUCUAUCAAGGCAUGUUUUCAGCCAUCACCGUGGCCCUUGCAACUGGAGCUGUCGCCGAGCGUGGCCGUAUGCUUCCUUGCGUCAUCUUCAUGUUCAUCUGGGCAACCUUGAUCUACGAUCCUAUCGCAUGCUGGACAUGGAACCCAAGCGGCUGGUCAAACAGGAUGGGUGGGCUUGACUUUGCCGGUGGUACUCCUGUGCACAUCGCUUCCGGCUGUGCAGCACUAGCAUACUCCAUGAUGCUUGGAAAGCGCCGCGGCCACGGAACCCACGAGCUCAACUAUCGGCCACACAACGUCACGCAUAUCAUCAUCGGAACAGUGUUUAUGUGGGUUGGAUGGUUUGGCUUUAAUGCCGGUUCCGCCCUGUCUGCCAAUAUGCGUGCUAUCAUCGCAGCUGUUGUCACGAACCUGGCUGCCUGCGUUGGUGGCAUGACCUGGUGCGUUCUCGAUUACAGGCUCGAGAAGAAGUGGUCUGCUGUCGGGUUCUGCUCCGGCGUUAUUGCUGGCCUUGUUGCGAUCACCCCGGGCUCAGGUUAUGUACCGGUCUGGGCCGCUGUGCCUUACGGAGUGCUGGGUGCGGCGUUCGCGAACUAUGCCACGAAGCUCAAAUUCCUCCUCGGAGUCGAUGAUGCUCUUGACAUCUUCGCAGUGCACGCAGUUGGCGGUCUCGUCGGCAACGUCUGCACCGCCUUCUUCGCUAGCAAGGCUGUCGCCCAUCUUGAUAACGUCCAAGUCAUCAAUGGAGGCUGGUUGGAUCACAACUGGGUUCAGUUGGGCUAUCAACUGGCGGACUCUGUUGUCGGCGGUACCUACUCCUUCGUCGGAACUACACUGAUUCUCUUCAUCCUGAAUAUGAUCCCUGGUCUACGGCUACGCACUCGCGAGGAUGCCGAGAUUCUCGGAAUCGACGAUGCUGAGAUCGGCGAGUUUGCAUACGACUACGUCGAGUUGACGAGAGAAGUGUUGAAUGACGUGGACGAAGCAGGGAGUCGGUAUUCGCGCGACCUGAACCCAUUCGAUCCGCGGGACAUGAAGAACAACAAUAGCAUACCAUUGGUGGACACGAGAAUCUAUGCGGGCAACUCUAGGCACGACACGGGAUCACAUGCUCGCUAGGUUCCCAAUGUACCUUGAUGGCGUAUGUAUAUUAGACUUUCGAAUACCACUUGUUUAUUCCACGAGAGCUACCACCGAGCCGGGACGUUCUGAUGUGAUGAGCCUGCGCCGUACAAUAUGUUGAAGACUGCGCCCUCUUGUAGACGGGACCGUGUAGAGGAAAUGGAGGUCUGUGGCGCUACGAUUCGCUUGGCAU